CUGUUCGCGCCGAUCGGAUGCGUGGCGGGAGGAACAAAUUCGGGCCCAUGUACAAACGCGAUCGGGCGCGAAAGCUUCAAAUCAUGCGACAACGACAGUUGGCCAUCCAGGCCUUGCGGGGGUCGAUCGGUGGCGGCGUCGGUAUCGGGCAGCUCGGGUCGGACGGUGCCUCGGCGCAACUGCAGGGCAUCGACUACCACCAGCCGUACUCCAACAUGCACAUCAAGCAGGAAAUCCAAAUACCCCAGGUGUCUUCGUUGACGUCCUCGCCCGAUAGCUCACCUAGUCCGAUCGCCAUCGCGUUAGGUCAAGUGAACCCGCAGACGACGAUAUCGCUGAGCAGUGGCGUCGGAGGUAAUGGCAGCAGUGGAGGCGGAAGCGGUGGAGGUGGCAGCAACAACAGUUCCGGUGCGGGCACCGGAGGUUCAAACUCUACGUCUACGGCUAUCCAGAACCAGCUAUCGGAGUCCAAACUAUGGAUGAGCGCUAACUCGACGACCGCCUCGCCACAUUCGCUAAGUCCCAAAGCGUUCAGCUUCGACAGUGGAACGAAUCCCACCAGUACGGCCGACUCGGGCAACCCAGCGGACACCUUAAGGGUAUCGCCGAUGAUUCGCGACUUCGUACAAUCGAUCGACGACCGGGAGUGGCAGACGUCGCUGUUCUCGCUGCUGCAGAGCCAGUCCUACAAUCAGUGUGAGGUGGAUCUCUUCGAGCUGAUGUGCAAAGUAUUAGACCAAAAUCUGUUCUCCCAGGUGGACUGGGCGCGGAACACGAUAUUCUUUAAGGAUUUGAAG